AUGGAAAUGAGUUCAGAAAAUAUGCUAAUGCCAGAGUUGAAGUUUGAUCUCAGCCAAAAGGACUGGUCUGAUCAACCGCCAGAACUCUUGGAGAAAAUAUAUAAGAAAUUGGUCAUAUCCGGCCAAGCUCGUUUUGCUUUAAUCUGCAAGCCUUGGCUCUUUGUCGCCGCAUCUGCAAAGUCUCAUGCUCUUCCAGAGCCAUGGCUGGUGUUUCGUUAUCCUCAUGGUGACCGCCUAGUACCAGAAAAUAAGAACGAGUUCUUUGGUCUUUCUGACAAUAGGUUUUACAGGCCUGAUGCUAUAAUUCCAAAUGAAGGUUGUGAAAUUUUGGGGUCAUGUAAUGGUUGGAUUGUUACUCAACGCCAAUUACCAGUUGCAGGGAAAGAACCACUAGUUCUUGUGAAUCCAAUCUUGAAUGCUGAAAUAAAGCUUCCACCUAUAAGCUCAGACAGAAAUGUGGGAGACAUUAAGAAACUUGUCGUAGUCGUCGAGACCACCGGUGACAUUUCAGUUGUCACAUCUGUGAUUCUACUUGCUACAAAUUUUAUCAUUUCUAUCAAGCUUGACAGGAAUAGAUGGGAAUAUCACUACAUCUGUAACUCCGAAGAUAUUGUAUAUUACAAGGGAAAAAUAUAUGCCUUGGAGAUCCACCCAUAUACUGUUCUUACUGUAAUCAGCUGGGAUGAACAAAUGAAGCUCCUUCCAAUGCAGUUCCAAGUUGUUCAAGGCAUAUUUCACCCCUCAUCUUCUGAGAAGAAUCGAGCAAAGGCGUACUUAGUGGAGUCCGGGGAAGAUCUCUUGAUUGUGACAAGACAAGUUCAAACAGGUGGAUUUGAUGUCUUUAAACUGGUUGAAGGUAAAUGUUGCGUCGACGCUGUCAAGCAGCAAAGCUUGGGAGAUCAAGCAUUGUUCUCGGGAAGGGGUGGAUGCAUUUCUCUUUCGGUUGGAGAGUUUUCACAGUUUGAAGGGAAUCACAUAUAUUUCAUUGAUACUCCGAAAGAAAAAGAGGAGGAACAUGGUGUAUAUUCUCUAAAAGAUGGGUGCACCAAAUCAAUCUUCAACCUGAACCUACUGUUAGCAUGA